ACAUGGUCGGUUCUGCUUAGUCAUCAUCCUCGGCGCUCUGCCUCGAUUGAUCGUCGAGCAUAUCCGUAGCCUUGAGAUUCGAUUCACAUCCACUGUUGAUCAUAGCGGAGUCUUGAACCCUCACACGAUUCGAGCACCUUUCCUUCCGACUAGUGCUCAGUCAGAAUGUCCUACCCUGACCAACCUCGUACAGUCGACGCUGCCCCCGUCAUCGACCGCGACACCGUAAACCAGAUCCUCUCUCACCUCUCGCUCGAAUCGGCAGAUCAGCUCCCAUCGCCUCCUAUCACCUUUCUCAAGUCCCACUUCAACCGGAUUCCGCCGACGUUGUUAUGGGCUUUCAACGCUCCUAUCACUUCGAGCCGAGAGAGGAGCUCGAUCAGGGAGGUCAAGGCGAGGAGGAUGUUGUUCGCCGAAGCAGGAGGAUCGAGGGCUAGGCAGCUCACGGCGGAGGAAGGUUGGAGACGAUGGCCGGUACUCUGGGAGAGCUAUGGUGGGGAUCCUUUAGGACCACGAAGACGAGCUCAGGAUAGUUUUGGAGAGGUAGACGGGGAGGAGGAAGUUGGAUUGCCAACACGGUCGAUACCGACCUUGUCAGGCGAACCUGCACCGGCGAAAACACCAACGAUACCUUCGUUCCGAAUGCGGGAAGAAUCCACCUGGGCGAACCAAGAAUUCAUGCCCACCACCCCCGAUCCAGAUUCUAAUACCAACUCGAGUAUGAAUGCGAUUACCGAGACCGCUCAGGCAGACCGCCGAAAACGAGUCCUCCAAGUAAACAAGCUCGGCAAAUUCCUCGCCGAGCUCGAAGAAGAGAGAGAAUGGGAAGAUAUGAGGGACGCCAAACGUCUUGAGAGGAGAAGGAAUCAGGAAGAAGAAGCAGGGAAGGAAGAGUUUGAGGAGAGCAGUGAUGAGGAGGAAGAAGAGGAGGAGGAUCCGAGGUUGGUCGGUCUGCCGGCUGAGGAUCAGGAGGAGGUGAAGGUACUUUUCGAGAGGAGGUUGUUAGAGCUGUUCUUGGAUGGCCUCGAUACGCUCGACUAUGCACCGAUCGAUUUUGAACCACCUUCAACGUUGAACAAGCUGGUCAUCCAGGACGAAGAAGAUCGGUAUUUCGACGACGAGGACGAGGUGGAUCUCUCUACGUCUGACAGCAAGGAUAAGGACAAGGACGAGGGAGAGACGGGCGGGUUGGCAGAGGGGGAGUACGAUUAUUGAUAUUAUGAUAGAUGUCAAUCCUGGUCGUAUCAGUCGAUGAGCCAGAUAUGAUUGGGGGAAUGAGCCGCCAUUACACAUGUUGAUGCGAUCAGGCAUCAGGAGCAACCAAAGUUCCAAGUGGCAAAGCUCUCGUGGAGUCGAGACUCGAGGACGGGACGAAAAGCCUGUCUGGCAAAGUAGCCGGUUCGUAGAGGUCACGAUCCUGAGGGCACACGGGUCUACAUAUCAUCGCUGCCGUCGAGGAUUGUUGCUAUAUGAAACCGUAAAGGGAUCGACAGCUGUGCAAUCC